CGCCGGGGCUGCCUUCGCCUGAAGCUCCCUCCCGGCCAGCAGCGCCAUGAACGCCAUCGUCUUCAACAAGCUCGGCACCCAAGUGCUCUUCGAGGACGGCGCCCAGGAGAGGGAGCGCGCCGGCGGGCGGCCCUACGCGGGGGUCCUCGACGUCUCGCCCCACCCGGAGGUGCUCAUGCCCGACAGCCCCUCCAUGAAGGACAACCUCAGCCUGCGCCACAGGAGGAGCGGCACCCGGCAGAACAGUGGGAAGGUGAGGCACAAGCGCCAGGCCCUGCAAGACAUGGCACGGCCACUGAAGCAGUGGUUGUACAAACACCGAGACAACCCGUACCCCACUAAGACAGAGAAGAUCUUGCUGGCUCUUGGCUCCCAAAUGACACUAGUGCAGGUAUCAAACUGGUUUGCCAAUGCAAGACGUCGCCUUAAAAAUACUGUCCGGCAGCCGGACCUCAGCUGGGCUUUACGGAUAAAGCUGUACAACAAGUAUGUUCAAGGAAAUGCUGAAAGACUCAGUGUAAGCAGCGAUGAUUCAUGUUCAGAAGAUGGUGAAAAUCCUCCAAGAAGCCAUAUGAACGAAGGGGGAUACAGCACACCAGUUCAUCACACUGUGAUUAAAACUGAAAGCUCAGUAAUGAAGUCUGGAGUUAGACCAGAAGGGAGUGCUAAUGAGGAUUACGUGUCACCCCCCAAAUACAAAAACAGCUUGUUGAAUCGCUACCUGAAUGACUCGUUGAGGCAUGUCAUGGCCACAAAUGCAGCCAUGAUGGAAAAAACAAGGCAAAGGAACCACUCGGGUUCGUUUAGCUCCAAUGAAUUUGAAGAGGAACUAGUGUCUCCAUCAUCCUCUGAGACUGAAGGCAAUUUUGUCUACCGGACAGAAACUCUGGAGAAUGGCUCUAACAAGUGUGAAAGUGCAGCUAAUGGAAAGAGAUCAAACGGGGAUGAAACAUACUGGAAAGAGAUCAACGCAGCAAUGGCCCUAACAAACCUUGCACAAGGGAAAGACAAACUGCAGGGGACAACUAGCUGCAUCAUUCAGAAAUCGUCUCAUAUAUCAGAAGUAAAGACUGUCAAAGUGCCACUAGGACCGCCGUUUUAGAGAGCUGUCACUUUUCUUCUUACUGCAAGAGGACUUCUUUCACGCUGUAGCUUUUUCCACCCUAAACUCAGAAUUCGGAACCUGAAGUGAGUGUUCCUUUUGUCUCAUGGUCAGCGAAAAAAUCCAAGUGCACAGUCCCAUGAGAAGCUCUCCAGCCCAAGCACCACUGAUAUGAAUGGGAGCUGCAAUCUCGCAUGGCUCCCAUUCAUUUUGGUGGCACUUGGGCUAGACAGCUUCCUAAGGAAUUUUGCCAAAUCAUGGUCAUAAAGAAAUGCUCCCUCAGGCUCAAGUUUUGUUUUGUCAAGUAUAAAAUCAGUUCUAUAAAGGGCAUGUAAAUUAUGGGGGGGAGGAACUCCCCCACAUUUUUUUUAAACCCAAACUAUUAACUUAUUUUAUAGUAUUAAUCAAACUGCACAUUAAGCGUCUGUAUUGCUAUAACACGUUAAGUGCCUUGCUUUCUUACAAUAAGCUAGAACGUGGGCUCAGCCCAAGACAGCUGUGCCUCAAAGUGUCAAUGCCAUAAUGCUUCACCUUUGCAUGUAAUUCAAAGUGCAUCCUGAUCAGUUUAAAGAUGACCUCUGAAAGGGGAGCGAGAAACAAACCCUUGACUGUUUGAUGCAUAAUUUGCCUUGUAUGAAUUAGAGGCUAGUACAUCUUUGCAAUUAAGUCACUACAUCUGAUUAAGGAAAAGUCCACCGUGUCACCCACAAUGCACACAGGUCUCUCACGUGAAUAAAAAGUUGCUAUGCAUGUAUUGGGUUUUUUGCCUGCAUUUGCAAUUUUUUUUAAAAAACACCAACAUAAUCGACUUUGAUAAGUGCAAUACUGUAGAAAAGAACUAAAAUAAUUUAAGGAACAUCCUGCUUAUUUAUAUUAAGGAGUGUUUCACCUGAGAUUGAAAGCAGUUCUUGCUUCAAAUGCUUUGCAAUUACUGUAAAAAUUUACAUUGGCCAAAAUAAUUGUUCACAUUACUUUUUCUGUGCUAUCAGAGGCUUCAAUAAAUUACAAGAGAGCAGCUCAAAGGAUAUUGAAGCCUCACAGAUGAAAAAUGCUCCAUUUCCUAACUGUUAUGUAAUUCAAAUGUUUAAAUAUUAUAAGUACCUGUUGAACUCCUGAGUCCUGACUGCAAAAAAGCCAUUGGUAAAAUCCAGUUAGGGAUUUCUUUCUUCUCAAGGCUCAUUUUGAUUUAUUUGAAACUGUUUCGUAAGUAAACAAAGCAGAUCUCUGUUUCUGGUACCAAAUGAACUUGUGCAUCCGUUUAUUAUUUAUUCUGGGACUAGAUCUCAAUAACUUCACAUGACAGAAACUUUUAUUGCCCAAAUGCAUCCAAGAUGUUUUUAUUUUGGUACAGAAUGUAUCAGACAAUUCUCACUUUAUAAAAAGGCAUAGUGGAAAUCUAUAUAAUCCUAUAUAAUAUAUAGAUUUGAGUGAAAAGCCUGAACUAGGUUGGAAAUACUGAACAAAUGUGUCACACUGAAGCAAUUUGAAGUCAAAGGGGGGUGCUAAACAACAUGUUAAAUCUUUACAGUUGGCUGCCAUUGAGAGAAGCUCAUUGCAUGCAAUCAGGGGGUUGGGGGAGAUAGACUGCAUUUUCAUUUAAUCAUGCAAAAAUAUUAUAAUCAAGUUCACCUCUUGAAUAAGCAAUAAAUCCAAAUGAAAUGUAUAUUGAAUUUGGAGGAAGGAAAGAGGUGGUUGUCCAUAGUUCAGUUCAGAGCAAAGUUGAAACUUGGUUUAUUUUCCUUAAACUGGAUUGAAUGUUGUGUCUAAAAAAUUACAGUAAAUGGAUUAAAUCUGGUCUGUAAAUGGUUCUUGGUUCAGAAAAGCUGCUAAUCCUGCUUCAUUCCACUUUUAUUUUUGUAUGAGGACUUUUUGAGAAGGGCAAAGUACAACUGUACAGGAUUGGUGUAACUUCACUCAUCAAGAAAAAAGCCUGCGACCCAAUGCAGCCCAAUUCCUAUGCAUGCCUUUGGAUAUACACAAAUCUUUUGAAUUUUCUCAAUGGUUGGCAAAAGAAUUCUUUUAUUGUUUGGUUGCCAAUUAGAAGUUUGUGGCAGGGGAGCUCUAUACUCAGAACAGCAUGAGACUGAAUUUAAUAUGCUUGUACAUUUGCUGGUUUGCUCAUAUGUUUGCCUUACACAGACUGAGUUUAGAAAACACAACUGGAUUAAAAUAAAGCAGGUUUCCAUUAACUGGUUCUUUGAAUGGAUAACCUGCUAGAUUUUUAUUCAUAACUUUCUACUUUCAAUAUGUUUCUUUGCAUCCAUAACCUGACCUUCCCACUUUCCUAGCCCAUUUAUGGCAGUUCCCCAUAUAAUGCAAUGAGGACCCAACCCUUCGUGAAGCUGACUUUCAGGUAUGCAAACAGCUCUUCAAGCAUAGCCAGUUCCAGUUGCACUAAUAUAAUCUAGACGCGUAGUAGGUAGCAACCUUAAUGUAACUUGUAGGAUGUGUCUUGAUGUAACAUAGCAUUUUGCAAUGGUUGUUUUUUUUUAAGUGUACAAUUAAAAUGAUUUGAUACGAAAAAAAUAUUUUGUACAUAAAUAUAUAUAUUUUUACUUUUUUAAAAUGGCUGUUUUGCAUUGACAUAAAAGCUGGAAAUAUAUGUUAUGACUGUAUGAACAGUUGAAGUAUACUUUAUAUCGAUUUGCAUCAUUAUGUGAAUGACCUCCCUACAUCAGUGACUUUUGAGACCCAAGCUACGGGAUUUUGUCAUAACAAUAUGAGUUUUUAAAAAUUAAAAAAAAGACAGAGUAAACACUUCAUUCUAGUUCAUACUAUAUAAGUUAUUCUGUUAUUAACUAUUUUGUGACAAUAAACUGUCCUGCCAAACUUU